UCAUGGCUUCCCGGCUUUGUUGUUUCGUCGAGUUGGUCUCAACAUUGUGACAGUGUUUGCGCUUAACGAUGGUUUAUGACGGUUCUAACAAGGGCUUUCCGAAGACUCCUGGAAAAGGAAGUGUUUUAAAGAAGUCACAAAAGUCUAAGUUCGAGAAGCAACGAGAGGAAGAAGUUGUUAGAAAUGCUCACGAGCGAGGUUAUUUGCGCACCCCGACAGCGAAUGAUAUUUGGGACAGUAUCGGCGAAAAGUGCGAUCUUAAUGACAUAAGCUACUUGAAUAUGAGUAGGAUAUGCCUUCAUACUGUUCAAACCAUUGACUGGUGUACGAGGCUACGAAUAUGCGUCUUGCAUUCCAACUACAUUUCUUCAUUUGAUUCUCUAGCAACCUGUAGGGAUCUUGUUUUCUUGGAUUUGCAUAAUAAUCAGAUAACAAAACUCCCUGGUCACAAGUUUUGGGCAUCGCUCACGGAACUGAAGGUUGUUUUUCUACACAACAACAGCAUUUCUAAACUUGAUGAUGUGAACUACAUGGCUGCAUCUUCCAGCAUUUCUAUUCUGACUCUAAAUGACACUCCUCUCAGCCUAAAACCAAAUUACAGACACCAUUUGGUGAACAGUUUGUGGACCUUAAAGUCCCUUGACAAUUAUGUGAUUUCUGACGAAGAAAUCAUAGAGGAUUCAUCUUUUGGUGGUCGCUUUGCACCUUUGCGAUCAAGUUUUUACAUUAACUGUUCUUGUUCUCUAACAAAGGAGAACACUUAUGAGGAAGCACUGAAAGAAGUUCACAGGCUUACUGCUGAAGUGAAUGGAAUUCAGGCAAAAUAUUGCCCAGUGUUGAUAAUACAGAGAUACAUCCGAGGACACUUGACAAGAUUAAGGUUUAAGUUCAUUCAGGACAUGAGAUUGUGGGCUGCAGUCUCCAUUCAGCGGUAUUACCGUCACUACAAAGGAUACACAGCAGGGGGUACCCUACCACCACCAACAUCCCCAGCCCCCAGCCGUUCCAACUCGUCCUUGACUCGCUUUGAUUACGAGACGUAUUUGCAUGGAAUAAAACCCGGUUAUCCGAUCAGUCCAAGGGCUUCCGCUGGGAGGAUUGCAAGACGCCCUCGUAGUCGUAAUGUGUCCAUAACCGUGGAACCUAUCAGCAGCAUCAUUGAAGAAGGCGAAAGGAGAACAGAGGGAAGAGUUACAACUUCUCCGGUAGAAGAUCUUGAGAUUCCAAGAAAAGACAGCUUCCCGGUUAGAAUAACUACUAGAAUUUCUUUGAACCUUAGGAAGCUGGAAACUAGUACUUCUGACGUAAUUAGAGCUAAAAAGGAAGCUGUGACUAUUCGUAAGAACCUGGGUCUGAUCGAUAUCAAGUCCAGGAAAAGUAUGAUUGAAAGUCGUGAGUCGAUGCGGAUCAAGUUAGCCACACGAAAUGACAUCCGAGCGAAAAGCAGGGAACUACAGAAGGAGGAACAAAAAAUAGAGGAUAAAGAGGGAAAGAGGAAAAAGCCAGACCGAAUUGGGAAGUACACCACUGUGCGAGUUUUCCUGGGGCGAGUUGUCGACUCGCAGCCGCGCACCGAAUGCGAACUGAACGACACUGAGCAUGAACCGAAGAAGCAACGAUUUCGAUUGUCGGGUCUUCGCCCCCCGAUUCAAAAAACUGACCCGCUGCGUGAGAUGCUAAUUUCUAAACAAGAGGCUGGAAAGGAUGUUAGAGAGGCUGCAAGGGAAAUAGAAAAAAGAGCGGCUGAGGAACCAAAGAAAUUUGUUACUAAACGUCAAACGGUCACCACGGAUCAAAGACUAUUCAUCCGCACUCACGGCACGAUGGGCUUAGCGUGUUUACGAGCCGUUCAGCAUGCCUACAGAGAAAGGGAGCGAGCUGACACUGUCUCUUCAAAAGCCAUCACAGUGGCACAGAUGAGAGAAGACCGUGAACAAGCUAAAGAACGCGUCAAAAUAUUUAAACAGGAGUACAAGGAAGCAUCGCUUAGGAGGAGAGUUCGAGAUGGUGUUAGAACCACCGACGCUCUCAAGGAGCGGCAAGCGAAGGAAGUUAUUGAACACGAACGGCUGUCGACAGCACGAGCUGUUACUGCGGAACAACUGAAAUCAAGACGGGCGGAUUGGGCGUUCAUAUCAGACUUUAACUGUCAGCACACAUCCAUUUCCAACGCGUUGCAGCGCCAUGACCGCGCCUCACAGAGAGACGAACGUGUGCAAGAAAUUGAAGAUACCGUGCGCAAGGGGAAAGAAGUCUCACAAGAUCAACAAGCUCUGGUACGUCGAUACAUGGAACACCGGCAGUUGUUACGUCAAGCAGAGACAGCCAUGGCACGCGCUGAGUUGGAUGCGCAUUUGACGCGGGAAGCCAGUCAGCGCAAGGCGGCUGCAAAAGAGCGCGUGGCACAAAUAAAGGCGCGAAACCAGGAUACACAGGAGUUUUAUUCUCCGCCUGUGACGCAUGCACCGGCGAGACUUCCUCCUCUGGCCGUUGUAUCGCCCGUGCAAAUGGACGUCUGGAAUGACUUGGAAAAAUUUGAAUGGACUCCGGCGAGUCACGAACGCUGCUUUUCUGAGCCAUACGGUAGAGUGGUGUCUUCAAGAAGACAGCGAAUGUAUUCAUUAGAGCCCACGUACGGCAUAGCAUGAUGCAUGGGAACCUAAUUUUGAUCAAGAUGCAGUGUGUGUUUUUAUGUAGCUAGCCAUAGAUUCGAUUGUUCUUUUUUAUAUUAUUUAUUUAAAAAACACUGCACUCGAUCAAUAAGAAAGCUGGAGUGCAUUAUGCGUUGACGAUUAAAGAAGUUCUUAUUUAUUUUAAAUCAGAGUGUAUAAUAUAAGUAGCGAAAACGGACUUCAGUCGUUUUUUUUUUGUAGUGAUUGAUAACAUUGUAGAUAGUGUGAGAUAUCAAAUAGUUUUACGACUUAAAGUCUAUAACAC